AUGAACAGUGAUAUUGAAAUGAAGGGAAAUAAUAUAUAUGGGAAUGGAUAUGCACACUAUCAGAAUAACUUAAAUAGUGAUUUAGUUUUGAAGAAUAAUGAGAUAAUUAAAAAAAAUGGAAUAUCAGAAAAUAUAUACACAUAUAACACAGUUGAAUUAGGGAGCUUAGGGAAAUAUGGAAUGAAUAAUAUGAAUAACAAUAUUAAUUAUAGUGAUAGAAACAUGAUAAAUGUAAAAUAUAAUAAUUUGGAUAUACCUUAUAAUAUAAAUAAUUCAGGAUAUAAUAAUAUAAUAGAUAAAAAUUAUACAAUAAACAAUAUGAGUGUAAAUAAAAGAUUUGUAAAAAUAAACGAUGAAAUUAAUAAAAAUUCUGUGUAUCCUAAUUAUUAUAGAAGUAGAAGUUCAGGCACACAUAUUAAAAGAUAUUAUCCUCAUAUUAAUAUAAAAAAUAAUAAUGAAAUUUCUUUGUUCAAACAAGGAAUAAAUGAUAAAAAUAAUACAUACAUUUUGAAUAGUAAUAAUAAGAAUCAUGAUAAUAUUUAUGAACAAGGUCAUGCUAUUAAUAUGGAAAAAAAUAUUUAUGAAAAUCCUUUAAAUUUGAAUAUGAAUAAAGAGAUGUGUAUGGAUUUAAAGCCAAGUACAAAUAUAACAAGUAAUAUAAAUAGAAUAAAUAUUACGGGAAAUUAUAACCUUCCAAAUGUAGUAGAAUAUAAGAAUGAUAUAUUUUUUUCUUAUAAGGAUAAAAUAAAUAAUACAUAUACAGAUUACAAAAAUAAUAUAAACAAUUUAAAUAUAAAUCCAGAUAAAAAUAUGAAUUUGAGGAAUACUCGUUUGUAUAAAACAUCAGAAUAUCAUUACAACACCCCAAAUAAAAAUGAUAGCUCAAUUGGCAUUAAUAAUAUUUGUAAUAUUUACCAUUUAGAUAAUAAAAAAGAUUCAAAACAUAUUCAAUAUAAAAAUAAUUCGGAAAAAUAUGAUUUCAUAACGAAUAAUAAAAAUUUAAAUGGUUAUAAAAUAUAUGAUAAUGAAAAUCAUGAAACUCAGAUUAAUUCUAUGAAUAAUCAGUAUGCUUCAAUUUUGAAAACUAAUUGUUUAGAAUGUAAUGAUAACAAAGGAAUAAUAGUUAAGAAUAAAAAAUUACCUAUUUUAUAUAGAGGAAUAUCGGGAAAUAAAUAUAAGAAUAUUUAUAACGAAAAAGAAGAAAACAUUCAUGACAUAUGCAAUGUAAAUAGAAUUGAAUCCCCAAAAAGAAGAAUACUUCAUGAUCCUAUAGAAUUAAGCAGUGAAAUUCUUUCAUAUAAUAAUAUUAACAAUUUUUUAAAAGAAUAUGGAUCGUUAGAAUAUAUUAAUGAUUAUAAUAAUAUGAAAAGAAUUGAUGCAAAUGAAAAAGAUAUUGUAAAAAAUGAGAAUAUAAAUGAGGAUAAUAACAUUUCAAUGAGUAAUGAAAGUAUAAAAAUAAAUAAAAAAAAUAAAAGUGAAUUUUUAGAAUGGAAAUCUCACAAUAGAUUGUUGAAAAAUAUUAUAGCAUCUUAUAAUGAAAAUACGAAUAUAAAAAAACAUGGUUUAUUUAAUUUGCUUUUUGAUAUAUAUGGAUAUAAUAAAACAAUUUUUAAAAAUUAUUUAUCAAAUAACGAUGAAAAUGAGAUAAAACAUGUUAUGAAAGAUAUAAUAUAUGAAUUAUUUGAAAAAAAAAAUAAUAAAAUUUUAGAAAAAUUCAUAUUUUUAAAAUAUUUAUUUAAUGAAUACGGGCAUACAGAAUAUCCAAAUUUAAUAUCAUUAAAAAAUUUUAAACAAAUUUUUCGAAAUUAUAAAAACAUUUUCUCAUCAAAAAAAAUUGUAUUAUUUAUAUUUAAUUGUUUAGACAGAGGAAGAAAAUGUUAUAUAACGGAAAGUGAUUUUAUUAUAGGGAUGUUAGCAUGUAGUCCACAAAUGGGUAAUGAUAUAUUUGAUGAUUCAGGAAAAUUACGACAUCAGUUAAUUUUUAGAGCUUACGAUUUAGAUAGAGAUGGAUAUUUAAAUGGUAAGGAAAUGUUAGUAUUUUUGUAUCAUAUAUAUGAAUUAUCAAAUAAUUUAAAACAUUUAGAAUUAAAAACAGAUAAAAAUAAAUUAAAAAAUUUUGUUAUUAAUGAAAGGAAUAAACUUAUGAAAAAUCAUGAAAAAAUUAGUUAUGAUUAUUUUUACAAUUUAAUAGUAAACAAACAAAUUGAAGGAACAACAAAUUUGUUGCGAUCUAAUUGCGAUGUUGCUAAUGUUGUAAAAAAAUAUUUUCUUUAUACAUAUGCUAAAAAUUUAAUACCAGAAAAUUAUAUAGAUGGGGAUGAUUUCUUUUUUAUAUAUUCUAAAAAUAAAAAAAAUAAUAAAAAAAAUAAUGAAACAAAUAAAGAAAUAAAUAAAGAAAUAAAUAAAAAAUUGAAAAAUGUCUCUGAAUAUUCCCAUGAUACUAUUCCUUUUAACACAUCUUCGAAUAAUAUUUUAGAUGAUGAUUAUAGCAAUUCUUAUAUGCUUAGAAGAAUGAAUGCAUAUGAGGGUUCAGGAAUAUAUACAGAUGUAACAGAAAAUAUAUCAUCAGAGCUAGUUGAUAGAGAUACAUUUUCAAAAGUUUGGACUGGAAAUAUAUUCGAUGAAUUAAAAGAAACAGAAACAUCAAUGGAAAAUUGUUCAAUUGAAACUUAUAAUAAUGCAAGAAAAAUGAAUAAAGAUGAAUUUUUAGUUAAUAUUGGUCAGAAUUUUAAAAAAUCAAAAAUAAAUGAUAUUAAUUUUAUUGACAAAGGAAGAAAUACUUUUAUGGAUAAUCAAUCAGUGAAUUUUCAAAAGCAUAAUAUGAACAUCAAAAGUUAUCAAACAUCUAGUUGUGAAACUGGUUAUAAUAAUAUAUAUGUUGAUGAGAAGGAUAAAAAUGAAAUAAUAAAAAAUAAAGCUAAUAUUAAAAAUAGUAAUUUGGGUUCACUGGAAUAUGUAAUGGAAGAAUCUAUUGGUAAGAUAAACGAGUUAGAUGCAAUGUAUUAUGAUUUAAAAACAGAAUCAAACAUUGUAAAUAUAAACAAUAAGUCAAAUGUUUUUGAAAAAUCAAAUGAAGAAACAAAAAUAAAUGAUAAUAUUUCUAAAAAAAUGGAAAAUGAUGAUUCAUGUGUUAAUGAAAAAUUGGGGGUAAAUGAUAAGAAUGAUAUAAACUAUUCUGAUAGUAUAAAUUUGAAUCCAAUACGUUUAAACAUUUCUGGUUUUGAUGAAAAAUGUGAUCAUAUUUUAGAAAAUAAAAACGAAAAUAAUACGAAGUGUCAUGAUAAUCUAAAAAAAGCAAGUGGGCAAUUGGAUAAAGAACGAUUACUUUAUUCAAAUGAUGAGAAUAUGAAAACAGAGAAAAGUAUAAUCGAUAAAGAUUAUGUGGAGUAUGAAAUAAUGAAUGGUAAUGUAUUAGUGGAAUGUUGUAAUAAUAUAAAUAAAGAUGAUAAUACAUUGUUAGUAAAUAGUGAAAAAACAAAAAAUAGCGAAGUUUUACCCCGUUUUGGAAAAGAAGAAAAUUGUGAAUCAAAUUUAAGAAUAAAAGAAAUAAGUGGUUAUGAUUUGAUUGGUAACGAUAAAGAAAAAAUGGAGAAUAGUAUUAAGGAAGUUGUAAAAGAAUAUAGAGAAAAAUAUAUAACAGAUCAUAAAUUAUUAACAUUAAAUCAGGAUAUUGCUUUUAAAGUGUUUACUACUUUUUAUAAUAUUUGUUAUAAAAAGAAAAGAGAAGAUUAUAAAAAUUAUUUUGAUAUAUUUAGAGUGUGUAAUUAUAAUGAUGUUCUUCUUUUAUGUGAUGAAGUUGUAAAAUUAUUUAAAUUAGAAAAUUCACUAGAAGUUGCUAAUUUGCCAUGUAAAAUAUUUGGAGACAUACAUGGAAAUUUAUUUGAUAUUGUUGAUUUUUUUAACAUGUACAAUUGGCCAAUGCAUGAUAAUAAUAAUAGAAUAAUUUCUUUAUUAAAAAUUGAGAAAGAUUUCGAAAACAUUGAAAAUAAUAUGAAUAAUAAAUGUGUAACCAAUCACAGGGAUUUGAAAUUUGUGUUUUUGGGUAAUUAUUUAAAUCGAGGGGAAUUGUCUUUAGAAGUUAUAUGUUUCUUAUUCAGUUUGAAAAUAUUAUUUCCUAAACAUAUAUAUUUAAUAAGAGGAAAUCAUGAAAAUCGAGUAUUUAAUUAUGUAUAUGGUUUUUAUAAAGAUAUUGAAAGAAAAAUAAAAAGUAAUUUUAAUUGUUUAGGAAAAAUAAAUUAUAAAGAUGAUGUUAUAUGUGCAUAUUCCUAUGAAAUAUUUAAUAGAAUUAAUGAUGUUUUAGAAUUUUUGCCUUUAUCUGUUUUAUUAGACAAUGAAAUUUUAUGUAUACAUAGUGGUAUUGGAGAUAGUAUUCAGAAUGUAAAAGAUUAUUUAAACAUUGAAAAGCCAAUUAUAAUACCAGAAUAUGUUGAUAGAAAUAGUAAUAAUAAAAGUGAAAUAUUAAAAAAAAUAAUCAUAGAUACAUUAUGGUCUGAUCCUAUAAACUAUUUAGAUGGUAAUGAUAUGCUACUAUUGAAAAGUUGUACAAAAUAUGAUAUAAUUCCAUCAAGUCGAGGAAAAAUAACAGUAAAAUUUGGUAAACAUAGAUUAACUAAAUUUAUAAAAAAUAAUAAAAUAAAAAUGAUAAUAAGAGGAAAUGAGUGUGUCCCUGAAGGAUAUAAAUAUGAUUUUAACAAAAAGAUAUUGACUCUAUUUUCAGCUACAAAUUAUUGUAAUAAAUAUAAAAACAAUGCAUCAAGUGCACUAAUUAUUAAAAAAAAUAAAAAUAUUACAAUAUUUAAUCAAAUUUUGAAAUCAGAAUGUGAAAAUAUGAAACUUAAUGAAAGUAAAAACAAAGAAAAAGCUAAUAUAGUAUGUACAAAUGGUGAAGAAAACAAACUAAAUAAAUCAGAUAAAUUGGAAAAUGUUAAAAAUGAAACUAAAAUCGGAUUCUAUUUUGAUCAUGUCAAACAUAAAGAUAAACCUUCUAAAAAAUAUGGAAAUAAAUAUAAAGAAAUUGAAAAUAAUAAUGAUUUAAUAAAUUUAAAAACACCGCAAUUUUAUGUUAAUAAAGAUUCUAUAAAAAUGAGCAAUGAUGAUAAUAUUGAAAAUAUAUUGGGAGAUGAUUCAUCUGAUAAAAAUAAUUUAUAUGAUACAGAUGUAUGUGAAAAAAAAAUUGAUGAUUUAGAUAAUAGUGAAGUAAUGAAUGAAAUGUUAAAAAAUUUGAGUUACGAAAAAAAUUUAGAUAAUUGUAAUGAUAACAAGGAUGAAGAAGAUGAAAAUAAUAAUGUAUUACAAAAUGAUAUGGAGCAAGUUAAUUUAUUGAAAUCUAAUACAGACAAAAAUAGUGACAACCUCCUUUUCGAAAACCCUUGCAACGAACACAUAGAAAACGAAGAAAAUGCUGAUAAAGAAAAAAAAGAAAAAAAAGAAAAAAAUGAGGAAAAGGAUGAAAGUAAAGAAACUAUGAUACAUGAUGAGAAUGGGGACGGAUAUAAAGCUAAAGACGACAAUAAUGAAAAAAAUGAUUCUGUAGAAAAUUAUAAACAUAACAAAUUUUGUAAUAGUAAAGAAAAUGAAAUUUUUAAUGAUCUUGAAAAUUGUUGUAAUGGUAAAAGUAUGGAUGAUAUAAAUAAAGAUCUAAUAAGGUUAGAUGAUUUGGGAAUAGAAAAAAAUGAGCAUAACGAUAUAUUUUUAGACGAAAAAAAAUGCUUGGAAAAUAUAGAAAUGAUGAAAGAAGAAAUGUUACAAGAAUGCGAUUAUAAAAUUGAGUUAAUUAAAUAUGCAAAUGGAAUAAUUGAAGAAAAUUUUGAUGAAAAAAAUAAUGAAUUAUACAAAAGUAGAAACAAUAAUAACAGCAGAAAUAAUACCAAUUCUAUUAUAAAUAAUUUUUUCAAAAAUGAAAAAACAAUCGAAAAAAAUUGCUCAAAUAUAUUUCUUAAUUAUGAUCAAGUUAAUAACUCAAAGGAGCAUGAAGACAAUUUAAAAAAUGGAAAUUGUUCAAAAAUAAGUUCAUUAUCAUAUGAAAAUAUUGGAAAAUGCUAUAACAUUGGAGGUAUAAAUUCCAUGUAUGAAAUUGACGAUGAAUUGAUGUAUAAAAGAAUAAAUUACAUGAUGCCUCCAAAUUUGACCCUAACAAACAAAACCCAAAUGAAGAAAGGAAGUUACGCUAGAAAACAUAAUUCAACAACAAUGAGAAACAUAAGAAGUGAAAGCAACACUGUGGAUUCUCUAAAUAAGCUUGAAAUGCAACAUUUGCCUCCAGACCCUCAACCACAAACAAAAGUAUAA